GACAUGAAUUCAGGCUUAAAAACUUAUAUAUUCUUACUAUCAACAUUUCAGUAAUUAUUCAAACCUAUGCAUGCACACAAACCUUUGUACAGUUAUUAUACAUUGUUGACAGUCUUUCCAAAGAACUGGAAAAAUGUUCAUGCAUUAGCAAUGGGAAAGUUUUAUUUCAUAUUUCCUUAAUAGUCUUUUUACGUCCAAAAUGUGAAUAUGUGGUUCGGUUUUGCACUGCUGUUCGAAAACUGUCAAGUCAGCCUUUUUUACGGAGAGAUUUGUAUCUUGUAUUAGGCAAUAUGAUCUUUUGUUGUGAAAGUUACAAUGGAGUAGUAAUUUAUGUCGGCGAGAAGAAUGUCUACAAUGUAUGGAGAAUGUUAUACAGUGGAUGGCAAAAAGAGUUUUCUGCUUUGCCCAUCCGUUGUGUAGAAUGCAUUAAUUUACUGAAAAAUGACUUUGAAUGAAGUACAAAUUAAAACUACCAUAAACUCAAUUCUUUGGUCUGCUUCCUAGUAGAUUAACACAGUAUGCCGAAUACUAAAGCACGUUUAAUUGGAUAUGGGAGAUAUCCUUUCAUCCACAUUCCUUUUGUCUGGGAAAUAAAGAUGGCAGUGAAUGGACUUCCAUUCUUGAUUCAGAUACAUCAGUUCUAUUUCUCAUGUCAGUUUGACAUCUAAUGAGAUCCUCAUAUAACAUGUAUCUUGUAUUCAAUGGAUGGAGAGGACAAUUCAGCCGAUUCCUUGUUGAACAUUGACAAAAAUGCUUGGGAAGAAACAACUGCUCAAGUGAUUCAAAGUAUUGAAGAACGUUGCUCACGCAAGGAAUAUGAAGGCUCUACCACUCAAUUCGGAGCACAAAGUGAAUUUUCUAGGCCAUGGAGUGGACACAAACAAUCUAGAAAAUCUCGUGCCAAGUGUGAUAAUGUUUUGGCAAGCUCCAAGAGCAAAUCUGAAGCAGAAGAUGGAAUAUCUAAUACAGCAGAGCUUGUAAAGAAUGCUAUUGUGUCUGAAGAAGGUCAGAUUCAUCCAUCAGAAUCAGCUUUAGAAGUUCAUCUAGAGGACAUUAAGUACAUUGAUGAUAGUGCCAAAAGUUCUUUGUCAACUAGUCUUACUGAAGCACCUGCACCUGUAUCACAGCCACCAGUUGUUAAUCGUCCACAAUCGCCACAACAGACAGUCGAAAGAUCGUGUGCUUCUGUGCUUGAGGAACGAUAUUGUCAAGCAUUUAUUAGUUCCAAAAAUGAACAAAUUGCAGAUAGCUGGAACAGGCAUUACACAUCUCCACGCCUUCCUCCCAAUCACCACCUAUAUACACCAAAAACACCAAAAUACAAACAUGAAGCUAGGUUGGUUGUUAGCCCAUUACCUCCUGAGAAACUAAAGGAAAAAGAUGGAACUUAUUCUGAAACCGAUUAUUACUCUCGUAAUUCAAUUGGAGACUCUGAACAUCAAGCUACUGCUGUCUAUAUAGAGAAAGAUUUUAGGUAUUAUUUUCAGCAUCCUUAUUCUCGCCUCUUUGUGUCUUACUUCGUCAUAUUUUGCAAUUUCUUGGUGUUUGCAGAAGAUCCUGUUUCACACAGUCAUACUGAAAGUGAAAUACCAGUUGUCGGCAAUGUUUUUUCCUUUGUCGCUACAAAGUAUCCUCCACAGUGGAGCUGGUGUGUGUUAAAAGUCAUUCUGUGGGUAGUUGCUAUCAUAAGUGGAUGUUUUUUUGGAAAAUAUCUCAUACACCACAUUAUUCUAAGUAGAUUUUUUCGUCUGAAAAUGUUUCGUGAUGAGCAAGGCACUUGGAUGAUUAUGUUUUUAACUUCACUAAUGUUUAUAUAUAUGUUUUCAAAGAUUUAUAACACAUUUUUGCAAUCAGGACAUCCCCAGGUUGAGAAAUAUCGUAUAAAUUCUCAUAUGGGCAUCACUAAUGCAAAUUUUAUGAAAGCUGCUGCUUGUGGAACUUGGGUUGGAGAUUUUGUUACAGCUUGGAUGGUUACAGAUAUGAUGCUACAAGACAAUUUAUAUCCCAACUGGGCUAGACCUUAUAGAGAAUUCUGGAGGUCCCAUGGUCGUAUCAGAAUUACUAUAUUCUGGACUGGAUCAAUUGUUAUGACAGCAUUAGUCGUCACCCUGAUUGUUAGUGAUCUCAUUAGUUGGGAUAAUUUGAAUAGAGAUUUUGUGGCCACAACUGAGCUUUCAAGAGCAUUUUUAGCUUCUUUCAUUCUUGUAAUGGAUUUGCUGAUUGUGAUGCAAGAUUGGGACUUCCCACAUUUCGUUUGUGAUUUGGAUGUGAAACUUCCAGGAUUACAUGCUGCAUCAUUUAAAUUUGAACUUUUUCAAAAAUAUGUUAAUAUUCCAGAUGUCAGUAUUCAUGUUACUGGUAAAUGGUUUAAUUACAGCAUCAUUGUUUUUGUAAUGAUUCUGGACUUGAAUAUGUGGAAAAAUCAGAUAUUUUACAUUCCUGCAGAGUAUGGGCAAUAUACUGGACCAGAUCACAAAGUGUUUUCUAUUCCUGAUGUAUAUCUUUUAGCAACAAAAAAUUACAGCCAAUGGACUUAUGAAAUACGGAGCACUCAAAUUGAUCCCCUUACAAACAAAACUCUUCUGGAAGGUGAUAUUUCAAUGAAUUCUCGGUAUUUAGGGUAUCCUCUUUCCGUCAAAGGAAUGGCGUUUAUGCCAUCACUUAUUGGCUUUGCAAUGUUUGGGAUACUGACAUACCUAUAUGGACGUUUCCCACUACCAACAGAGAGGCUUGUUUAUGGUCGACAUGGCAGACGAAAAAGAGAGGUGCCUCGAAGCAGUUGGAGACGAGAACGGGGAAACCGUUGUACUCACUAUCUUAUUCAUAAUAAGGAUAAAUAUAUAGAAGAAAAAAAGAAAGGCAACCAGUUGACUGAGUUGAUCGUCGCAUGGGAAGAUAAUUUUGGUCCUACAAAGCAAUGUGAAAAACCGUUAUGACAUACAUAGUUACAUUUAUAUCCUUUUAUGCUAGCUUAAUAGUAUGCCGCAGUAUUUGUAAUGACUUUAAUUGGAUUUUUAUUCCAACAUGCUGCUUAUGUUUCUGUGUCAUUUCUUGCUUUUCAUAAGCAUGGAUUCCUCAUUUUGUACAAAAAAUUUUGUGUUUUAAAAACAUUUGUUUAUUUAAAAAAAUAUUAUAAUUUUAUAAUAAAGUAAAACUACAUUAUUUCUGUAUAGACCUGUAUUAACGUAAAUGAAAAAUUAUAGAACUCUGAAAUGUAAUUGCUCAAGGAGUGACAAUAUUGCAGUAUUUUGUCUUGGUCAUUUGAACCCUCUAUGUCAUAAUUUUUUAAACAAUAAAAAUUUAAACUUAAAAAAUAGUAAAAAUAAAUACUAACAUUUUAGUAAUUCUGUGCUAUUAA